CAGAGGCCCGCCUUUUAGAACGUGAUGACGUCAUCUCGCGUUGCGCGUGCGCAAAAACAAUGGCGUGACCACGCCCAGGCCUGCGCGGAGACCCGGCGUCCGCACAGUGGCCUGCGCCUUUCCGGAAGAGGUCAGAGUGCGGCUUGGGCAGGCAUCUUCCGCUUUUGCACCCAACCAUAUGAUUUGCCUUCAGGCUCUGAGCCUUCAGAGCACAUCACUAGAUCUCAGUCUGUAUUGGUCCAGGCUCUUCAGCCAAGCAGAAAGCUUGUAAGGCAGUUUUGACUAAAAAUGAAUUCCUUGUUUGCUCAAGAAAUUCGCCUUUCUAAAAGACAUGAAGAAAUAGUAUCACAAAGGUUAAUGUUACUUCAACAAAUGGAGAAUAAAUUUGGAGACCAAAACAAGGAAAAGGCAUCUCAGAUGCAAGCAGCUGAGACUGCUUUUAAAAGGAACCUUAGUCUUUUAAAGGAUAUAGAAGCAGCAGAAAAGUCUCUGCAGACCCGGAUUCACCCAGCUCCACCACCUGAGGUAGUUUCUCUUGAGGUGAGACUCUUGAGGAACAAAUCUAAAAGAAGAGACCCUAUUCUACUAGUAAUGCCUUACUCUUUACUGGGCAUCAGUAGAAGAAUAUAUUCCCAAAUGGGAACAGUUUCUUUUAGGAAGAGAACCAUAUCCUAUUGGUGUUGAAAAUCAAAAUGAAGCAGAAACUAACAUUCAAAAUGAGGCGCAGUGAUAACUUCUUUACAUACUAUUUCAAAAAACAUGUUGAGUAAAGCUGAAUAUUAAAGAAUAUGCAGGUUAUUGCAGGAACUUCUGGAGUCGAAUAUGUUCAUGACAUGUGAACCUCCUCAGUGACAAUGAAGAUGUGAGAAUCUACUGGCAGAUCUCAGCUUAUCCCUUGGAGACCUACUACUAUUUCAACAUCAUGAAUUUGCUUUCUACCAAUCCCAUGGAAGGGUUAAAAACUAAUAUCGAAAGGUGGACUGUUUAUUAAAUAAGUUGCUAAAUGA